UCACUGUUCCACAUCCAUCUCAGUGAGGCUAGGCGAAAUUCUUUGUUUAAUAGAAAUAUAAUCAUAGAAAACAGUUCAACAGCACCACCAUACAGUUAAAUUCAGCUCCUAAAAACAAUAAAAAUUGCCUGAAUGACAUGGUUGUAUCUUAUUUUGGAAGCUGCACAGGAAGUGAUGUGUGUUAACGGUUUGGAUGUUGACGGGCGCAGUGAAGCUGCUGGCAGCAGCUUGUCUGUCACUGCGGGCGCCGUAACACAAAACCUUUCUUGGAAACAGAUUCCUGGAACUUCCGUCAGUCCAAACCGAACUGAGUUGUUUUCUGUCCUGCAGUUAACUGAAUAAAGAGCUCAGUCUCACAGCAAGCCACCACUGACAGUCUACACAUGGAUAUUUUUUAUGACUUCAACAGACACGGUUAGAAGGAAAAUUUUCUUUUUUGACAUCAUCUCAGACUAUGCGACUAUGAUCAUUAAUAAUUCACUCUGAGGGGCUGCUGGAUUAUUUCCUUUACUUUCCUUUUUUUUCAACUGGUCACAAUCCUUAUGAUUUUCUUUGACUCAAGCAGGGCUCCUGUCAGUCAGAAAUGGUUGCCCGAGCCGGGACUGUUGUCCAUCAUGAGGAACGCGGGGGUUCAUGCUGCCCACAUCCUUCCCCUCCACCCUGGGACCCGGCAGAGGACCUCCGCUGCAUCACCACCACCUUCCAGUACCUGCAGACCUCAGGCUGGUACUGGGGUUCCAUCUCAGUGAGUGAAGCUCGGGAAGCUCUCCUUAAAAAGUCUGAAGGCACGUUUCUCAUGCGAGACAGCAGUCAUCCUCAGUACAUGCUGGCUCUGUCAGUGAAGACCCGCUGUGGGCCCACCAGUGUACGCAUACAGUACAGCAGGGGCUCCUUCUGGCUGGACUCCAUUUCCCCGGGGCUGCCUCGCCUGCAGUCCUUCCCAGAUGUUCUCAGCCUCAUACAGCACUACAUGGGCUCGGGCCACGUGCCGCAGGACCAGGCAUCUAAUGACAUACAUCCUGAAACAAAGCCUGACCCUACCAAGCGCACAGCCAAGGACAGCGCGGUGCCUCUGAAGCUGAUGCACCCGCUGCACAAACCAGAGACCUUCCCUUCGCUGCAGCACCUGACGCGCCUCACCAUCAACAGACACACACACUGCUCUGACCAGCUGCCACUCCCAAAGCCUCUGCUGCGCUACCUGCAGGACUACCCGUUCCACAUAUGAGGGUCUCUGUCCCUCUGGUACAGGACACACAGACAGGAACAUGGGUCAGGGUCACACUCCAUGAACACACUGUGUUGUGUGUAUCUGGGACAGGAUGACCCCCCCCCCCCCCCAGGCAACAGACAUGGGCCCAGCAGGACAAAUACUGAAAUGCUUACAUACAAUAAACCUCAGUGUCACCUCACUGCACAUGAACAAGCUCAGUCUUACUGUUUCCAGAAUGAUAUAUUUAUUAUUUUUAUAUGUCAGCUACUGUAAACUCAUUUUAUUUCUACAAACAUGUGAGUUCUUGGUUGUUUUGUUUCGGGUUUUUUUUCUUCAUUUGCUCCAUUUCCUAAAGAAGAGAGCCGUACUGGUUUUCGUGUGUUUUAGUGCAGUAGUCCCAGCAGCUGUUUUUCUUUAAGACAACUCAGACUUAUCAGCAAUAAAUCAGUGUCUUGAUAGAGCAUUUGUUUGAUCACAAAACUGUCUGGAGACAAACAAGGGCUUUGUAUCCAGUUGCAUGACACUAUAAUGACUCUCUUUUUCUUUCUGCACGUCUGGGUUUUAUUGGUCAAAUAUAAAUAGUGAAACUUGAAAUAGUUUGCACAUUGAAAAGACACGUCACCAGUGUUCUGAGUGUGAAAAGUUUGAGCUCAGGUUGACAUCACACAGCAGGCAGUUAAGUUAUUUUUGAAAGACGGAAAGAAAAGCAGAAUAUAGCAUGUAUCUUCUAUUCAUUUUAUUUCUAAAUUCUUCCAUUUGAAGAGGUGAAAGAUGUCCUCUUACAGGAUCACAACCAGCAAGGACAAGUUGUUUGUGGAAAAUCUACUGUUAGCUGUUAAAGGACAUCUGUUUACAAACUGGUUUUAUUCUCAGAAGAGGGUCGUACAUGCCUGUGGAUUUUCGGAGAAAUAAACCUCAGAAAUGUUUUCUCUUUUCUAAAGUGUUUUUUUUUUUUUCACUGUUGAAUGAGUGGCCACUUGAACAUGCAGAUGGAUGCGUGGUAUUAGUAUUACUGUUUUCAUGGAAACGACUCAGUUGGUUUCCACGUGGUGGAACUGAGCAGUGCUGAGAAAGCCUCUUAUCAGGAUUAGAGGAAGAGCUGCAGUUAUUAAUACACUGCUGCGCCAACUGAAAACAGACCAUCUCUGCCUCAACUUAUCAGUCUGAAAGGCUCAAAACAUUUUUUUUUUCAGCCCGUAAUUAAAUAAUUUGAAUCACCAAAGCACGUUUCUCAUUACAGUCUCUAUCAAGAUCAUAAAAGCACAGACAUUUCUACUCUGCAGUCAACAAGGUCUAACUGAACAACUGACAGAACAUAUAUGUCAGUAGUCUCUCAUGAUUAUGAUCUCUCUCUCAUGUAGAUUUGUACUACAACUACACAGCAGUAGACAAAGUACUCAUGUCCUUUAUGGAGAAAAAAACAAUCUGCAAACAGAAUUUUAACAUGUUUGAGGUGGAGCUGCAACAUAUUUUAUAAAAUCAGUAUAUGUUUCAUAAAAUCUAAAUUUGGAAAGUAGCUGUAUUAUACUGGUAAAAUAAAUGUAGUGGAAUAAAAACUGUAACAUUUACCUCAAAAAUAUAAAGAAUAUACUGUAUAUAUAAAGAAGCAUGAAAAGAAAAUACUUAAGUUAAUGUUAGCUCAUUGGAUUACCUCUUGGUCCAACCGGGAAACAUGCCCUCCAGAGAUCCAGACCUAUAAAAAGCCCUGCAAGCCCCACAUUCGCUGCAUAUCGACUCUGUGGUCAUUUUAUCAGCUGCAAAUUUGUCAGGAAAUUUGCACCCCAAAAGUACAAUAUCAAACAAGAUGAAUCCACCAACAUGGUAUGUGUUGGGUCCUGCUUUAUAAGCUUCAUUUUGAGAUCCUUUGUCAAAGUCUAUUUUUAAGAACAUCAUUUUAAUUCAUUGUUUUAGCAAAUACAGGCCUUUUGACAAAAUACUUUUUAACAUGUCAAAGUGGGAAAAGCACUGGUGUAAAUCAUAAAAUCAGUAAUGAUUGAAUUGCAUUUAGUUGCUUCAGUUUCAGGGUCCUGGUAUCAGAGUCAUGAUUUACCAAGACACUUGAUAUGAAUGUUAUUAACACGUGUGCUUUUCCUGCUAUGGCCAUGUGUUGGUCCAUAGAGCGGGGAGGGAAGAGACUGUCAACAGGAGCCUUGCAGAUCUUUUGCCCUGGAAAAACAAAGGCAGGUUAAUAUCAUCUGUUGUACCUCAAAAGUGUAACUGAGGACAGUACUUCAGGAACUGUCACUUGCUAUCGCAGCAUACGAGCAAACACUACAGUCUACGCGCCUGUGGCGUCUGAGAAAUAUGUUGCUGACAUUGAAGUUGAUAGCAGAUCAGAAUCAGCAUUUUUGUAACAUCUGAUUACAUCAACAGCUGAAUGCUUGUUGUGUGAUGUUUCUGGUCCCCAUCACCAGCAGUGGUGUAGGUCGUGUGUGAUUUUAUGUGUUGAUCAGUGUAAAUACAGUUUACCUGUCGUGAUGGUUUGGACUGAGUAAAGACUUGCUGAAUAUUUAACAAAGCAUCUUAAUAACAGAUACUCAAGUACAUUUAUUUUUAUUUUGGAUAAACUGUUAAAUAAAAACUGUUGUUGUGUUGUUUAAAGGAAAA